CAUUUGGUGUUGGUUCGCACUGGCAGUGGAUGGAUGUAUUAUCAUGUUCUUUGUUUCCUGGUUCGAAAUUUCUCAACAAAUGGCCAAAAUAACAAAUAUAGUUGAAAAAUAGUCAUCGACAACAUCGCAUCUAAGAUCGCUGGAGGCCAGGGUUGGCCGAUUACAUUCCUGAAAAUAGCGACAUCUCUACGCCGAUUUCGCAUUUUCGGGUCAUGGCAGAGCGCAUAUUGAUCUAGAUGCAGCUGCGAGGAAACUGGGAGAGAAAUAUAUGCGAACUGACAACAGCAUGGAUUUGUGAUUUGUAGCUGGCUUUUGGUGGAUUGUACAGUGAUCAUGUCCCAUUCUCACAAGGAGGAACUGUACGUCGGACCGUAUCGCCUGGAAAAAACUCUUGGCAAAGGCCAGACAGGAUUGGUAAAACUUGGAGUACAUUGUAUGACAGGGAAAAGAGUUGCCAUCAAGAUUGUAAACCGGGAAAAACUCAGUGAGUCAGUAUUAAUGAAGGUGGAACGUGAAAUCGCCAUCAUGAAAUUGAUUGAGCAUCCUCAUGUACUUGGGUUAUACGAUGUCUAUGAAAACAAAAAAUAUUUAUAUCUCAUUUUGGAACAUGUGUCAGGAGGCGAACUGUUUGAUUAUCUAGUCAAGAAAGGUCGCCUCACUCCAAAAGAAGCAAGACGGUUCUUCCGACAAAUCAUAUCCGCCCUUGACUUUUGUCACAGUCACAAUAUAUGUCAUCGAGAUUUAAAACCUGAAAAUUUACUCUUAGAUGAUAAGAACAAUAUCCGUGUGGCUGACUUUGGCAUGGCAUCCUUGCAGGUCGAGGGUUCGAUGCUGGAGACAAGUUGUGGGUCCCCGCAUUAUGCCUGUCCAGAGGUGAUUCGGGGAGAGAAAUAUGAUGGUAGAAAAGCCGAUGUUUGGAGCUGCGGUGUUAUAUUAUAUGCCCUGUUGGUGGGUGCUCUACCGUUUGAUGAUGACAACUUAAGGCAGUUAUUAGAAAAAGUCAAGAAAGGUGUCUUUCACAUUCCACAUUUUGUACCUCCAGAUUGUCAAAAUUUGCUCCGUGGUAUGAUAGAAGUUGAUCCUGAUAAGAGAUUACAUUUAGAAGAUGUUAUGAGGCAUCCGUGGGCUAUAGCGGAGACCUACGGUCAGAUAGAAUUAGAAUUACCUGUAACGCAAGUAGUCCAGACCUCCAUAAUACCUAGUGUGGAAGACUUGGACCCUGACGUGCUUUCAACAAUGAAUUCAUUACAAUGUUUUAAAGAUAAAGAUAAGCUGGUCGGUGAACUUCUAAGUGCAAAACAUAAUACAGAGAAGGUUGUUUACUUUUUGUUGCUCGAUCGAAAACUCAGGAACCCUAGUGUAGAAGAUGAUGUUGAUAUUAGGAGUAGGUCAGAAUCAGCUGAUCCACCUAGGAAAAGGGUAGAUGCUGUACAAUUCAAUGGGCAGGCCAGACUGUCAUUGGGUAAUAUCAGUGAAGGAUCACCAGUCGCGUCACGGAGAGGACUGGCAGUGCAGCAUGCCAAGGCAAGCCUAAGUGGUAGCCCAAACACAUCACCAUUAUCCAGCCCAAAACUUCCACACCGAGGAACACCUACCCACAGUCCCUCAGCAACCCCACCCAGUUCACCCGGAAUCCAAACCACACCCUGGAAGACGCGCUUACACACGAUCAAAAACAGUUUCCUCGGAUCGCCACGAUUCCACAGGAGGAAAAUGCAAGUCCCAACGUCAGAUGAAAUAUCAAUGACCCCUGAUUCAUCUCCAGAAAUGGCCAAGCGGUCAUGGUUUGGUGGACUGAUGGGUAUGGAGCAGGAGCACCACUUCAUAAUGGUGCGAGACAAAACAUUCAGCCAGGUGAAGGCCGAUCUCGUUCAUGCAUUCCUAUCUACUUCCGAUCUCAGUCACAGUGUUGUCUCGACGACCACAUUCAGGGCGGAGUACCGGCGGGGGGGCAGCUCCUCCAUGUUCUCCAGAAAUGUCAGAUUCCAGGUUGACAUUAGUGCUGCCCCUGGGGAGCGCGACAUGACUAAUGCUACCAACUUCUGUCUAACAUAUACUCUUGUCUCAGGCCCGUCCCGGCGAUUCCGUCGUGUGUGUGAGCACCUGCAGGCGUUGACGUCGUCGCCGCGCGGUGAAAACAAUCGUAAGAUCAGCACGGACAGCACCGCGUCGUACUCCUCGGAGCACGCCAGUCCCUCGUACUGCACACCAAAAGAAAAUGGAGACGAUGAUCCAGUGGAUAAAAGACCCCCAUUGCCACCUAGGAAUAGAGACUCUAGUAAAACGAGAAAGGUUUUGUCAGAAAAUGCUCAAAGGGACAGAGUUUGAGGUUAAAUUAGAACUAAAGAGUUACUGUCCAAUCCCUGCCUUGCCAUUUAUAGCCCAGAUGAUUGGAUGAUUGGAACAGUUUUCACGGAAAUGGGCAAUGAAAGAUGCAGUAAAAUAUUAUUUGCUAAGUUAUAUUAGUUGUUAUUAAGAUGUGCAACAGAAUGGUCAUGAAGAAACGUUCCAAUUUCAUGAGUUUAGAACACAGGAUGUUAAAUUUUCACAUUCUGCUGAGUAUGGGUUUUAGAGGUGUAGGCAGAAUGUCAAGUCCAAAUGUGUGUAGAUUAAUGCGUUUGGUGCGAGGAAUUAUAGUUCUAGGUUAUGAUGGCAAAUUAUGCAAUUUUAUUUACAACGGCAAGUGAAUAUCUGGUGAAUUUAGCUGGUGCUACAACAUGCAGUCAGAGAUGAACAUUUUAGGAUAACUGCUUUAUUAGUGUAUAUGCUUUGUCAUUUAAAUGUGACUGUCGGGUAACAUUAAGAUAACAUUCUGAUACAUUUAGUAAAACAGUUAUUGUUAUAACGUUCUGUUAUUCAUUGUGGUGGAUAAUCCGUGUACAAAUUGUAUGUUUAAUGUACUCACAGUAAAUCCAGCCUAGCUGAGAGGUACAUAAGGACAAUCGUUUUAGAGAAUAUUUAAUGUAAAACAGACUUUUCAAAAAGUUUUCUGGGUUUUUUUAAACCAAGUUUUUUAAUUCCUAAUAAAUUUAUUGACUAUAUAUAUUUAGGGAAAAAAAAUAAUAAAGUCAGAAACUUUUUUUAACAAGUCAGUAUGGUCUGUAACAUUUUUUUAAACACUUUUCCACAAUACAAUUAUUUAUUUCAAUCCAGGGAAGGUCUGUACACAGAGAAAACUACAUGAGUAGCUGUUAAAUACUAUUUUUCUUACAAAUAUAUCUUACAAAAGAAAGUAAGUUGAAUACAUUUUUAAAUGAGUUGUAAGAUAAAUGGUAUCUAACGGACACAUAUGUAAUAUUCUAUUAUUACAUUUGCUGAAAAACGAGGAUUAAUAUAAAUGUAAACAUCUUUUCCAACUGAAAUGUGACACUUGCAGUUAACUGACACAUCACUGAGCAAUCAGUUGUAGGUUCACUUACACAUGUAUUAUGUCACAGAGCAAUCAAUUUUUAUUUUGCAUAUUUCACUGUGGUGACCGGGACAUCACCUAGGAGCAGCUAAUCAAUUGUUCGUCUUUAAAUCAGCAACACACACAUGUUAUUGCCAUGUGAUAUCAUAAAUAAUGAAUGAUGUUCUCACCAAUGGACAUUCGAGAAAAAAGGCAUAAAAUGUUUUAGACAGAUUCAAACUACAUAUUUAUUGACUUUGGUUAAGUUUUAGCAAAAUCUGGUACCGUACAAUUAUCAGUUGACCUGAUAUUGUUACUUUUCUGACCCAAAGUUAGACCCCGAUUUCAACUUUGACCUUCAGCUGACGACAACAGUUCGAAAUUCUUUUUACUUUGUCAGUGUUUAUAGAAGUUGACUGGAUACUGUAUACAGAACCAGUUGUAAAACAUUGUUUUGGUGUGGUUUAUGUGGCAAGUAAGCUGCUAACUGACAGUAAUUACAUCUGAAUGGACUGUGGACACAAACAGAUUCAGGAUUCUUCUAAUUCUUAUAACAGAUGGGACCUGCUGUUAAUGUAAAUUAUUAUUAUUAUUUAUUUUUUUUAAAUAAAAAAUUUUUUAAGUGCCACUUAUGUGAUUUGUUGGAUUUAUGGUAGCUAUUGUACCUCAUGAAUAAAAAUAUUGUCUUGAUAACUUAAUACAUGGUGGCAUCAAACAUGUAGUAUGAAUAAUUAUUUAAUAAUAUUUUUUCCAUACUUUGGCAGGCUUAGAGUUUCACAUGAGAAAACAUUUUGACCUCUAAUACCUCAUGCUUAGGCCAUUACAAAUGCUGAACAUAAUUUCUUUUCAUACUGAAACCCACUUUUUCCACCCUGUGGUAUUUUUUAGAGCAGAGUUUGAAUUGUAUACAUGUUUGCUUAUUUUAGUUUUUUGUGUUUUAUAAGAAAGCCUAAGCAGUCCAAACUGAACUUUCAUUAUUCAGUAUAUAAUUACAGUCGUGUUUAUUUUUCAGUUGUCUAGAAAUUGUACUAAAUAUUCAUCUUACAAAUAAUUAUAUGCAGUAUAUUUUCAGUGAGAUGUUUGAUUUGGGCUUCCAUAGAAUUGAGAAAUUGUUUGGGUGUGACCACAUUCUGGUCAGAUAACAAAGGAAGAUAUUUCACAUUGAAAUUGGAGAUACUAUAAGAAAUAUUCUAGAAGAAAGUUUUUUUAAGGUGGAUAUUUAAUAUGAUUUUAUAGAGAUUUCAUUUUUUAUUUUGAACUUGAGAAAAUAUUAAUUGUUUGAAAGCCGUACCAUUUUCCCGAAAAUGUUAUGUUACAUGGAGAAUAAUAUAUGAGAGCCCGUAGGAGACAAUUUACCUUAUGAGUCGUUGCCAAAUGUAUCUAACAAGCAGAAGUGAGUGAGAUACUUUUGGGAACCAAGAGUUGUAAGAUAAAUAAUCUACAACGGGAACAAGUGUAUUAUUCUAUUUCUUACACACCCUUAAAAAGCCUUUUUUGAUAUAGAUUAAUGGGAAAACACGAAACAAAAAGCCUCAGCAUUAGGUUUAAAGUGUAUACGGUUAAUGAUGUCAUAGACAUAAAUGACACACUAGAAUGACAUCAUCUGUUUGUUUACUUGGGUCAUGACCUCGGAACAGCCAAUCACAAGUCUGAUAAGUGAUCUACAACAUAUUAGGGCCACCACGAGUCCUAAAUAUUGGACUUGAGUACUCGAGGGUCAAACUCUACUAGUAUCUGACACUUGCACUGGAUGUUAGUGAGACCAAGGAAUAAAGUAACAUUGCAUUAUGCAUCUUAAUUCCAGCGCUGAACAUGGAUGCCAAAUCAUGCUAAUGUAUGCAUUCCACACAUUUGACUUUUGUUGUCCUUCAUGUUGCAUAGCCCUGUAAUGUAACCGUCAACUAAUAUAUGACAAAAUGACGUAAAAUAUAAUUAAAUGAACGUGCUCUAUUUUUCACGGGUACUCAAGUCCUGUGAACGGACUUGAGUCUUGCUAGAUGACCCAUGUCCGAGUACUCGUACGAUAUUGAUCUACAGUGGGUCAUCCCUUACACGGGUGUGUAAGAAAUUGCUAUGUCAAAUUGGAGUACUUAGUUCUGUACUGGUAUGAUAUAGAGGGUAUGAUUUUUUAUUUGUAUAAUCAUGGAAAAUUUGAUGAAACAGAUUUAACUUAAAUUGAAUUCCCAGAUUUGUUUUUAGAUUUCAAGUCAAAUUAUAAUGUAUAUAGUGAAAGGAUCUGGGAAGACUAUUAUCUCAGAAAUACACAAUUGUAUAACAUGUAUGAAUUGCAGUUUGUUUUCUCGAUAUGUGCAAAUGACAAAUAUCCUUUAUGAAGGACGUGUUUGAAACAUUUUACUUCUUCAUAACUGGCUGUUAUCAUGUAUUCAUCUCUGACUGUCUUCGUUUUUUACUCCACCAGGUUUUAUUAUUUUUAUUAUUAUUUAUUUAUUUACUUUUUUGUAGUACUUUUUGUUUGUUUGUUUUGUUUUUGUUUUUUUAAACAUUUUAGGAGAAAAUCUUUGCAUUUUAGCGACGACUCGAAAGAUAUAAAAUAUAUUUAUUUUAUUUAUACAUAUCAAGCAAUAUUAGUUCUUGAAAUUAUAUUGAUUUUUAUAUUUUUGUUAUUAAAAAUAGGUGUAUUUUAGUAUGUUUGUUCAUUUUGUUUUAAAACAAAACAGCAUAUAAUGCAUUAUCUUUUUAUUGUUAUUCUGAGAUAACAUUUGAAACAAUUAAUUUUAAUUUAAUGAUUUUUACAGUAAGCAGAAGCAUUACUAUACAUCUAUAGAACCAGCUGAUUUCAGUUUAUUUAAUGGACGUCAAUUAUGUUCAUUUUCAUCAGGGUGUAUGUGAUUUGUAAAAUAUGUGCGAAUGUGUGCAUGUAUGCGAUUUGGGGGGUGGGGGUGUAAAUCAUACAAAGGUUUUGUAUAUAGAAGUUGUUGUAUGUAUUUAAUAGGAGAAAACUACAUUAAGUCUUACAUUAAAAUCAAAAUGAUUUUACUGUAUUUCACAACCUUAGCUGCUAUGACAGUUAGUAUUAUUCUUAAGAUGGUCACAAAAUAUUUAUUUAUCUUUGGUCCAAUUCUUAACCAUCUUUGGUCCAUUCUUGACCAAUGGUUAGUUAUAAUCUUUUUAAAAGUGUGAAAUUAUUAAUAAAGUAAAAUGUGUUGAGUUUGAAUCAUUUAAAUGCCAAAACAUUAGAACUUAUACUACAGCACAUAUAUUGUUUUGUGUUGAGAAAGAAUCAUUAUGCCAUGUUGUCAUCACAUUGAUUACUUCAGUAAUUACAGCCACUGUUUUCUCUGUUCAAAUAAGUAUUCACAAAUAGAUAUUCAGUUAGUGAUUACACUGUCUGGUCAUUUCUUUGUUUAUGCCAUGUGCACAACACAACAGUCAAGAAUUGAAAAUACACAGCAGUCUGUGUUUAGUGCCUUGACCGCAAAUCUGUAGAUGUAAAUCAGUUUAAUUAGUUGUGUUUGGAAGGUAAUUAUUAAUUGUACUCAUAUUUGGUUCCAUGAUAACUCAGACUUGAUCAAGCAGGUUAAUUCUCACUUAAAUGUAGGGGCCUUUCAAACGGUCAAAUAUUGUCCUCCCAAGCAUUGAUAGCUUGUUUUUCUCACGCUAGAAAGUUACAUUUGAAAACUUGUCCAAAAUUAAAACAAAAGAAGAAAAACAUAAUUAUUUCCCUGAACACCUACACCUGUAUAUCUCAAAUAUGGUUUCUGCUAGACUAACUACCUAUAUAAUGCUAGACUAACUACCUAUAUAAUGCUCUUUCAAAACCAAGAAAUAUGUUACAAAUAAAUUUGGACAAAACUUGGUUAAAUACAGGGAACUUGCAUGUUGCAUUAAGAGUUGAUAAGGAUAACAUGCAAGUUUAUUUAAACUUGGUAUGUGUGCAUAUGUUACUAGUUAAUGAUAUAAUAUGGCAAGGCAAGAUUCCAGCGUUAACAACUUGAACUGUUAAGCAGAUCCAUGAGGGAAUUUUAAACAGUGGCCUCAUUAGACAGUUAUAAUCACAAACUUUGAAUAUUAACAUUCAUGGGAACUUAGGAAGCAAUGCAUAUAUAAUGCACAUAUAUCCAAGAUAGUUGUUUUCAUGUCAAAACAGAUUGGACCUACUUAACUAAAAUGUUGUCUCUUGGGUUUUAUUUUAUUUGUUAUUGAUUUCUACUUAGAUUCGAAUGACAUCUAUGUAAAAGAGCUGGAAAUGUUCUGCUCUGAAGAGUUGCCGCAAGUCUUUACGAGAUCAGUUGGAAAAUUUAUAAAUCUAAUAAUAGUUUUAGAUCUUCUUUUUAUAUAUAUAUAUGAAGGGUCAACAGGAAUAACCUAUGAUGUCCACUAUUGACAUAUUUUUCGAUUAUCUACUCUAACCCAUAUUUAGAGUAUGUACUUUUUAACUGCAAACUAUUCCAGUAAUAUAACAUGCUCAUUCAAACGAUAUAAGCAUAUUUUAAAUGCAUUUAACAGAAAAUGCCACACUAGCUAUAUAUAUUUUAAUGACAUUAUGGCAAAAUAGGUCACAUGGGCCAACUUUCAACAUGUAGUUAUACAGCUCACUUCCGGUCGAGUUAAUUAUUGAACCGCUGUAGUAUAAGAAAUUUGUUGAAUUAAUAGAAAGUAGUAAAUAAUAAAACAAAAAUAAUGUGGAAUCAUUGUGAACCAGACGUCAUAUACAUAAAAACAUAAAAUACAAUGGAAUGUCCUGUGAUGUCCAAACAGAGAGUCCAUGUUAUAAAGGUUGUGUAGGUCAAGGUCACAGUAACAAUGAAAUAAAUAUCAAUAAUUAUGGUAGGCCAUUAAGGGUUGUUCCUAAAAUAUGCUUGCUCAGGUAUAAAUAGUUCAUGAUUGCAUUACUACAAAAUUGUAAACUUUAAAAUUCAAUCAUCUGAAAAUACCAAAAGUGUGACAUCGUAGGUUAUUCUCAUGGACCCUAUACACUAUAAUGCAUGUUUACUGAAAAGACUCCACCUGAAACGUUUCCAGAGUAUGAUUUAAUAAAUAUUUAUUCCAUAAAGUGGAUUAGUAAACAAGCCAUAUAACUGUCAUGCUACAACAGUUUUAUACAUCCAAAAUUUGUGAAUAAAGAAAAAGCCUGCUGACCAACUUUUUAAAACAUUUAUAUACAAAAUAAUGUUAAUAAAAAGAAGCCAAUAUAAAAGUGCAUCAAAUACAAGUAUGUAUGUUUGAAGUGAGUAACAUUUUAAAUAUGUCUUUUGUGUUCUUUCAAUAAUCAGUUAAAUUCAGCAAUGACUUUGAUUUGCCUCUUUGUAUACUUUAUAUUAUUACUGGUAUACAGACCAAGGUCAACAAUGAAACUUUCCCCACACUAUUGUUUUGCACAAAAUAUACAACACAAGUUACUUCAUAUCCAAAAUUCAUAAAUGGUAGUUUUAUUAAUUAAAUACAAUGCACCCAGUUUAUUGUUAUUGUAGGAAAAUGCAAUGAUUAUGAUGUCAUUUAAAAACAAUUAAAAACCCAGCUAAAAUGUGUGAACUAUGGGAUUUGGUUGUUAUAUGUUAGCUUCACACAUAUUAAAAUAAUUGUCAGUUCCACAUUGAGCAAAGGAUGUUGUUUAUAUUUAUUAUGAACUGUGUAGAAAACAAUAUUAAUUUUAAGUUUAAAAGAAGAAUUUAUCCUGCAAUUACUGUAUGUAUUGUCAAGAUAUGAUGACCAGAUAAAUUUCCGUAUUUUCGGUCACUGACCAAACAGAGCUUUUUAGGACGGAACUACUUUUACACUAAUUAUGAUCCAAAGAAAUGAUGUAGUGUUAUAUUACUUAUUAUUUUAUUUCCAGUUCAUGAUUUUGAAUUUUUUUUUAAAUGUUUCGAAGACAAAUACUAGUAUUUGUUUUAAAAAUAUGAAAUAAGUUGUUAUUUAAGAACUAUUUGUUUUGGUGUGUCAAUAUUAAAAUGUAGGCAAUAAGGCAUUCAACAGGUAUGCCCUGUUUGUUCUGAACAGGAUGAAGCUGAUUAACUGUCGUUAACCCGUUUCUAUUUUUAUCAAGAAGAGUGGAAAUCAUCUCUAUUCCUAAUUUUCAGUUAGCUCAACGUAAACGAGCAAUCUUUUUCACAGUAUGACAAACAAAAUUCAUGACUUCAUUUUUGUAAUAUUUGUCACUUAGUAGUGUUUGAAAUCAUAGUUCCUAAAUAUUUAUUUUUUGUUGUUUUUAUAACAAUACAAAAAGUUUAUUCCCAUUGAAGUAAAUAAAGCAAUAGAAACUCUAGUGAAAGCAAAUGCAUCAAGUCCGACUGGUCAAUUAACGAGCGAUAUUCUGUUAGUAACAGCUUAUAACCGCUUUAACUGGUCACUCUAGUUGGUUAAUGCGAACGGUGGUUGCAGGAUAAAUUACUUUUGUUUUGUUUAUGAAGCCAAAACAGUGGUGUAGAAAUAAAAACUUCUGGUACUGGCAUAUUUCUUUUCCCCAAAUAUUUUGCCAUGUUUAUUAUCAUUUUACAACUAUAUGUAUUACCGGGUAGUGUUAACAUUUUGGGACCAAGGAUAAUAAAAGGGAAAAGGCUGCAUAUGAUGUUUUUUUUAAAUUGGGACCAAUUUGGCUUGAAAUGAGAAUAACCAUUUCAUCUUUUGGAGAUGCAUCUACAAUGUAGCUGCUGAGAUAAGUUAAUGUUUCUGUUAACACUAUGGUACUAGGCCCAUAGUUUUGAAGCAAUCUUAGCAGGGGUGUAAUGAUAUACUCGAAUAUAUACAGAGGAACCAUAUUUUUGUUCGGUCUAGUUUAAACUUAAGUUAGUGUCUGUUAAGUUUAUUUUUCAAAUUCUACCUUAUGCUCAGUAAACACCUACUGAUAUGCCAAAUUGACAAUCGAUUCAGCAGUAGCCUGAAAAUAUACAUCAACAUUAUUGUGUUGGCGUUAUGCAACUUCUGAUGGAAGACGAUGGUACAAAAUUACCGAUUAGAUGUGACAGUUGUGAUCCUAAGUUUGGAGGUUAAACAAGGAACCAAAGAAAAAAAAAAAAAAAAUGCUCAUCAAACUGUUUCACCAUAUACACACUUAAAUUUGAAAUUGUAGCUAUAUUUCACAGUGCACGAUUCUUUCAGCAUAUUGCGCCAUAUAGACAGCUGGUUACAGUGUUUUCUACAGUAGCCACAGUAACAUUAAUACUCUAGUUGGCUGUGUAUAUUGGAUAGUAAUGUAUCACAGAGUAGUAUGGAAACAGAACCUUCAGUUGUAAAAUAUACUUCAUAGUUCUUUUCAUACUUAGAAUAUUCUAAUCUGAAGUCUACGAGUGGAAUAAUGACCAAGACGACAAAGUCCUCUAUGGCCUACAGUGGAUUUUCCCUUCAACUGUUGCAAUAGAAUAAACUGUGCAUGACAAAUAAAAAUACCACUUUGUACUGAAGUGCUGUUUGCAAAUGUCUUUAUAGUGAUGUAAAUAAUGAAAAAUGUAUAAUACAUGUAUGUAAUUUAAUGGGAGAAGUGUGCAAUCACGGGGUAAUAAACAUCUUUGUAAGACAAA